AUGGAGGAUGAUAAGAGGAGACAUGUCGGUGGUGGUGGUUUCUGUCAUCGUGCAGUGGUGGAGAGUGAGAAAGAACCACCACUGUCAUCCAUGAAAGAAGAUGUGGAGAGCCAUACCGAUCAUUCUACAAGAGUCACUACAUGGAAACAUUUGUUUAAAGGAUACCAAAUUUCUAAUCAUGAUGAAGACAAUUAUGCUCCCAAAGAGAAACAAUCUCAUUACAUGAUACUAGACAAUAUACUAGCAUGGGAGAAGAAGCUAUACGAUAAAGUCAAGGCAGGUGAAGAGAUGAAAUAUGUGUACAAGAAAAAGAGUGCUUCACUAAACAAACUUACAAAGCGAGGAACAAGUAGCGACUCAUUGAUGCGGAUGAUCGCGAAGAGAACUCCGACAUAUGUGGUGGAUGAAAUAGAGGUGAUUGCGGAGCACCAGAUUGCGGUGGAGGCAUUGAAACGAAGGUUGGAGGAGGAGGAGGAGGCAUAUCGAUGA